ACCGUUCCGACACGCGAAAAUACCCGAUUUUCCGGGACUCUGUGCUGUGCGUUCUUAACACGAGUCACGAAGCAAACUACCUUCAAUUAGUUAAUAACAGUUGGAAUUCAAUGUAUGGCACAUUAAAGUGAUAAUCCUCCGUUUGUUUUGGUCAGUCGAUGCUGAUGAUGUGCAGUGUUUUCAACCUUGCGCCUUGCCAUCCCGUUGAGAGAACAGCGCAUUGUAAUAAUUGUUGAGGCAUUGUGCCAUAGGUUCUCAGAUUUGUGGUGAGGUAGUUUCCGGCAAGAGUUAACAACGUAGAUCAAGUGGCGACUAUCCAGUUUCGAUGUGCUUUGGAAAGGACAAGGCGAGACUAGAUAUCUCUUCCCAAAUGUUCGAAGAUUCCGAGAUUCUGCAUCCUAUCUGAUGGGUACUGAAUGUGAUGGGCACUUCUUCAGAACUGUUGGAGUGGGAUGGACAAUGAACAACCCCACCAAGAGCUUGUCAAAUGUGUAGUGGUGGGCGACACAGCAGUUGGUAAGACUCGACUUAUUUGCGCACGCGCCUGCAACAAGCAGGUAUCACUCUCGCAGCUUCUCUCCACCCACGUACCUACAGUAUGGGCCAUAGAUCAGUAUCGCAUAUACAAAGACGUUUUGGAACGAUCUUGGGAGAUGGUGGAUGGUGUCAACGUAUCCCUACGACUAUGGGAUACUUUCGGGGACCACGAAAAAGACAGAAGGUUCGCCUACGGACGUUCAGACGUAGUACUUCUCUGCUUCAGCAUCAACUCUCCAGUCUCCCUGAGGAACUGCCGUCUGAUGUGGUACCCAGAGAUACGGAAAUUCUGUCCUAACACUCCUGUCAUUCUGGUUGGAUGCAAGAAUGAUCUUCGUUUCAUGUAUCGCGAUGAGACUUAUCUGAGUCACUUCAAAGAUAGGUCGCCGUUCAUCAGAGCUACUAGAAAGAGCGAUUUGGUGAUGCCCGACGAGGCGAGGGAAGUUGCCAGAGAGUUUGGUGUUUACUAUUAUGAAACAUCUGUGUUGACGUAUUACGGGAUAAAUGAGGUUUUUGAGAACGCGAUACGGGUCGCAUUGAUCGCUCGCCGUCAGACCCGUUUCUGGAUGACGAACCUGAAGAGGGUGCAAAGACCUCUCUUACAAGCACCUUACAAGCCUCCACCUCCUGUCAAACCCAAAGUGACAGUAGCUCUGAGCGCCUACAGUGAUCAUAUGCGUCAAUUAUGGUUAUCUAGACCCAAUACGGAUAUUGUGUUAGUUUGUGGUUCUGUGGGAUUUCCCGCUCAUAGAUUCAUUCUGGCUGCCUGUAGCAGAGCCUUUUGUAGGUUACUCACUGCAGAUCUGAUGGCUCGUAGUACUAGUGAUUCUAGCAUGGUAAGCUCGCUGGGUGAUUUCGCAGAUGACACGGAGUAUCUGGUUAAAAACGAACAGAAGACUUGCAAAAGAAGAGCUAGUUGUCAUACCUUGCCCACUGCCAGGGAUUUAGAUCAUCCGGCUUUUCAGUGCAUCAGAAACGUACAACCUGAAGGACAAACCAUAGUUACUCUGUCAAAAUUGGUUACUCCUACUGCCGUUCGACAGUGUCUUCAAUUUGCUUAUACGGGAACCGUUGAUCGUAGUGCACUCAAUCUACAGGAAACGAGAGAAGCUGCCGAAUUUUUAGAACUGCCACAACUUCUAGUUCUCUUAACGAAGCACCCAUUUCUAGAUCCCGAUCAUCCCGAACUCAAAUAUGAAUCUUACUUGAAACGAAGGUUCAAGGAUAUUUGUAUCGAUCAAGGUCUGUUUGCCGAUGUUCUUUUCGAGUUGGAUGGAGGUUCUUGUGCUGCUCAUAAAGCUAUGUUGACUGCCAGAUGUGACGUGAUGAAGGCCAUGUUUAGUGGUGAUUUCAGAGAAAGCCAAGCAAAAGUGAUAGAAUUUCCUGGAGUGAGAGAGUACACAUUCCAUAAACUGCUAUAUUUCUUGUACACGGAUGAUGUUCCUCCGGUAUCAGCAGUACGAUGUGUUAACUUACUCGAGUUAGCUAACCGUCUGUGUUUGCCUAGACUAGUCAAUUUGGUGGAGAAGAGAGUUAUUGAGGAUUUGGAACAUUUACAGCCAACAGAAGCAAUCGAGCAAUGUCUAAGACUUCUGGAACCUGUCAAAUUGCACAAUGGUCAUCAAUUGGCAGACUGGUGCAUGAAUCAUUUAUGUAUCAACUACAACAAGCUGUGCAGGAUGUCGCCACGUAAUCUACGACUGCUGCACCCGGACAACCAAGCCUACUUGGUGGAACACCGUUGGCCUCCCGUUUGGUAUCUUAAAGACUAUGAUUAUUAUCAAAAGUGUAUUGUUGAAAGAGACAAAGAACUAAAGGGUUCUAUAAAGUCUGGUUCAGGGUGUUUAUGUUUUUCUAGAAAAUCAGAGUCGGACCCUGCUUUGUCAUCCAGUCAGAAUCUCUGACUACUAUUGUCUUUUUGGAAUUGAAUCGUCAUUUCUUGUCAGUUCUGGAUGAAAAUUGACAUGGGUUCAGUUGCAUUUCAUUGGAGAAAAGUUGAAAUUCAUGCCCAUAUUUUUGUUGAUGUUGAAUACACUCUCAUGAGGAGAAGAUCUCAUAAAAUUGGAAUUAUAAAAUCAGAGAUCUAUGAAUAUUUGAUGAAAAUGUCAGUCCUGUUGACUUCAAGAGUUAUCAUUUAUAAACACUCACAUCAGAAGAAGAAAUCUAGGGUUUUAUUUGAAAGAUAAUAUUUUUACAAGAAUAUAUAUAUUCUUUAUGAGUCAAACGUUAAAAAUAUAAUUGGUGGUAGUAAUUUUUCCCUGAUUAUUUGUGAAUUUAUCCAUUUUAUGGUUCAUAUAAUGUAUUUUUUAUUAUUAUACAUUUACAAGGUACAUUUUUCAUUUACAAUACAUUAAAAAACCACAUUAUAUUUCAUUCAAAACAGAACCCUAGAAAAAUAUUGCAACUGAAUCCACACUUCAAAGUUACCAAAAUCUCCCACAAAACAUAAUCACUCAUUUGUAAAUUACUUACAUUUCAUUCAUCUAUUGUAUUUCCUCAGCUUACCUUUCUAAUCUGCGACAAAAAUUUUCAAAGGAAACUUCUCAUCACUCUUCUUCGAAUAUGAUAUCAGAAGGGUAUAAAUAUUUUAGAGUCAACACCAGAAAAUAAACUCAUGCCUAAGUUACUGUAACAUAUAUCAGAAUGAAUAGUUUCGAAUGCAAAUAUUUAAGGUUAUUCCGGACCGAAAUUUGAAUACAAACAACUGAGGUGUAAGUUUAAAUAUCUGAGGAAACAAUACAGUUGAUUUCCUGAAAUGAAUUUGUACAAAUAUUUAUUGUAAUCUGCUGAGUGAAUAGAAACACUGAUAAGUAAACUUACGGGGACUGUCAUUCAAUAUAUAGAUAUUUUUAGCUCAGAAAUAUUUUUAUAAAUUUUAGAAAUUGAAGGUAAUGAAAGUAUACAAUUUGAUAGUGAAUGAUUUCGAUUAGUUAUGUACCUGAUAUUUCUAAUCCGUUGCCUAGUGUAGUUUAGCAAAGUCGCUUGACCAACGCAUGAAAACAAGUGUUUUGUUGGUGUUUAGCCGCACGUCUUGUAAAAUAUUGAAAAGAAUUAAAAAUCAUUGAAUUGGACAAAAAAAGGUUUAACGUCUGUAUAUUGACAACAUAUUAAAUCAACUUUAUGACAUUCAGACAAUUUUUCAAUUCUGUAAAAAGUACCUCCCCGAGCGGGGCUCGAACCCGCAACCCCCAAAAUACUAGUCCGACACUUUCGCCGUUGAGCUAUCGAGGAAGUUGAAGAUUCUCUGUAAUGAAGAACCACUGAUCCCAGAAUUGAGUGUUAAUAUGCCUUAUGAACUAUAUACAUAUAUAAUUCGCAAGGGUUGAGGAAAGUUAAAAUUGAUGGAAAGAACAUAAUAAUAACAACGUCAGUGAUCAUUACGAUUCACUUAACCUUUCCUCUCGCAUCGUCGACAUAUCGCGACUUCAGCUCAAUUCAGGUAUCUGAAUCUUCCGACCAACCGACCUACUUAGCCCAGAAUGAAUAGAUAAAUAAUGGUUUAACGUCUGUAUAUUAAUAACAUACUAAAUUAACUUCACGCCAUUCAGACAAUUUUUCAAUUCUGGAAAAAUAUAUCAGUAGAUCGUUUGGUCGGAAGAUUCAGAUACCUGAAUCGAGCUGAAGUCGCGAUAUGUCGACGAUGCAAGAGGAAAGGUUAAGUGAAUCGUAAUGAUCACUGACGUUGUUAUUAUUAUGUUCUUUCCAUCAAUUUCAACAUUCCUCAACCCUUGCGAAUUAUAUAUGUAUAUAGUUCAUAAGGUAUAUUAACACUCAAUUCUGGGAUCAGUGGUUCUUCAUUGCAGAGAAUCUUCAACUUCCUCGAUAGCUCAACGGCGAGAGUGUCGGACUAGUAUUUUGGAGGUUGCGGGUUCGAGCCCCGCUCGGGGAGGUACUUUUUACGGAAUUGAAAAAUUGUCUGAAUGCCGUGAAGUUAAUUUAAUAAUUGAAUUGGACUGUGGACAAACCUUGUAUAUCUAGUAUAUUUUCGUGAUGGUCAAGUGACUUUGGGAAGGCUACACUAGAAUCUCCGGAACUAUUAGAAUAGUCAGAUAAUGAAUAGCGCAUUUUCGAUUAGUGCUUCUUAAUAAAUGAAAGUAACUCUGGAAUGCAUAUCAAAAUUCUUUUUCAAUUUCGACUUAAUAAGUGGGAUAAAAAAAACUAUAUCAACCCAUACUGAUAGUCUUCUCAACUUCAACAGUCGAUACCCGGCCUUUUGUGGCACAGUAUAUCAGCAGAUUGCAGAUAAAAAAUAUUGAGAACGAAUAUCCUACAUGAAUACAAAUAGUAAUUUUUGAACUUCUAUCGUCCUGCUUUGAAAUUACUUAAUUUUUCAUUUAUACAAUGUUGUAUCCUUGACUGAAUUCCUCUCAUAGUAUAAUAUAGACAUAAUAAGUAGAAUACCAAAAUACACAAGAACAAAAUUCAGAAGCACUUAAUUCAUUCAAAUAAUAUAAGUUGAAUAUUUUCUUGAAGAAAUAACACUGUUUUUAAGAACCAGUCUCGAAUUGCGAAAAGGUAUCCAUUAAGCUGAGUAGAAAAAGAAGUCGAUGCAUAGUUUCGGUAAUAAUCCGAGUAAUGAAUGUUCACUAGUUAGGAAUGGAUACCAGUUUUACAUCUUGAUGAAAUAAGUUAUUUCUAUAUCAACAAAAAUGAAUUGAGGAAAACUAUUAUAUAGAUGAAGGAAUAUUUCCUGGAAUAUUUACUAAUCAACAAUCAUGUAUGUGUGCAAUAAUGAUUUGCUAUUCAAUAAAAUAUUUAUAUAA